CUUGUUUCCCUUUGCUACUACUCGGUUUUGAUAUACACUCAAACACAUACGCACACCAUAAACAGAACAAAUCAGACACUCGGAACCAGCACUAGAGCAAAUUGUUAAUCCACAUCCACAUAUCAAUCGCAAUGACUCGACUCUUCCCGCGCAUACACGCCUUUGAGAUUGAUGACCAGCCUUGGUUCCCUCCUUUUCUCCGGCAGCGUGUCCAGACCGUUCUUCGGCUCACAUGGGAGGCAAGCAUCCCAAUUUUGCAGUCAAGCUCGCCUGCGGAGCGCGUGGCCCGCCUCUUGGGAGAGCACCUGGACUCCAUUGACGAUUAUGGCUUCAUUGACUUUUGUGCUGGAGCCGGCGGUCCGACACCAGCCAUUGAGAGGCAUGUAAACGCCAACAGGGAUCCGACCAAGCCCGGCAUCCCUUUCAUCAUGACGGAUAUCUACCCGCACGUCAAGAGCUGGGAGCGGGAUGCUGCGCGCUCGCCCAAUAUCAGUUAUGUUACCAAGCCCGUUGACGCCACCGCCGCCCCCGACUUCCUUCUGGAUCGGUUCCGCGGCAGCAAGGAUAGCUCGUCAAGCACGGGCGGCGACGGCAUUGUAAGCUACGCCGAGAUGGCUACCAUGAAGGAGACGGACCACGUCAUUAAGCCCCGCAAGAUCUUCCGUCUUUUCAACCUUGCUUUCCAUCACUUUGAUGACCCGCUGGCGAAGUCAAUCCUUGCCGAUACGGUAAAGACGUCGGACGCCUUUGGCAUUUUUGAGCUCCAGCAGCGCACCUUUUCGAGCUUCAUGAUGCUCAAUAUCCUCUAUCUGUCCAUCUUCGUUGUUGCGCCAUUUUAUGCGCUCAUGAACCUCGACCUGGUGGCCUUUGUUUUCACGUGGUUCUUGCCCAUCAUUCCGGUCGUCAUCACCUUCGACGGCUACAUCUCGAGUCUUCGCACUCGUACCCCUGACGAGGUUGAGGCACUGUUGAGGACCUGCGGAGCCGGAAAUGUCGAGGACUGGGAGAUCAGGGGCGGAACCGAGCGGCACUUUUGGCCGUUUGGGUACCUGGAGUGGAUCAUCUGCACCAAGAAGUCCUCGGCCAGCUAGAAAGGGAAGGACAAAGGGUACCUGUUUCCCCCUGUGGAUGAUGACGACGAAGGCGGCCGGAGCGGAAAUGAGGAAUUCGUCGAUGCAUGUGAAAAGCCCGUGUCAGUUUGAGGUAAGGUGAGUGCGGAUGGUCUCUUGCGACCAUAUGAGCAAUUCAAGGUGGCAACCAAAAGUUCCAGAGACGGAAGGGAGAUGCCUGGAAAACAUUCGAGUUUAGCGAGUAAGGGGUCCGACUGAGGGGAUAGGUUCAAGACAUGCUGAAGGUCGCCGCCUCGCCUCUUGUAGGCGUAUAAGUCGCGCAUAGGGGGCCUCUAUCAUGGUAGCGAUUUACAUCUCGAAAAAAAAGCGUCAAUUUCAAUAAACUUCUUAAACUGUAAUAUCACGGUUGCAGUGCAUAUCCGAAAGGAGCAGACCUUACCAAAGCCUAAUAAGGCCGACAGG